AUGUGGAUCCCACUCUGUCUGCAUCUAACUCGAUGGGCCUCCGGUGAGCGCCCCUUCGAGGAGUUGGAACAAGUUACCCAUCUUCUUGAACCUCACCUGGAAACCGGUUGUCUGUGCCUCCCUCUGUCCCCCAGGGCUGCAGGAAGUGAUGCUCCGCCCUGCGCCUCCGAGGGCGGUGGGUACCUCAGCGCCACCGAGGUGAUGCUGAGGCAGGUCCUGGACAGAGCAAACCCUCGGGCCUGUGAAGGGAUCAUUUGCUGGGGGAACCCUGGGGCUCGGGGCUCGGAGGAGCUGGCCUCUCCUUUCCCAGCCCUGUUACCAUGGACACAUGAUGGACUUCUCUCAGCUCAUUUCCGCUCCCCAAAGUGGAAACAUUAUUUGGGGAGAUUGACAGAGCAGGAUUCCACCAGCUGGUCCAAAGGGAAGCUCCGGGAGUUCCUGGUGGGCAUCGACGUGGAGAACGAGGCUGGUCGCUGCCAGAUCACUGAGCUGAAGCAGGUGGAAGGUGAGGCUUCCUGUCGCAGCUGCAGAGGGAAGCUGCUUUUCUUCUAUGAGUGGAACAUCACGCUGGGCUGGAAAGGUAUAAUUAAAGAAUCUGGUGGGAAGCACAAGGGAUUGAUUGAAAUACCCAGCCUUGCUGAAGAAAAUGAAGUAGAUGACACUGAGGUGAAUGUGAGUAAAAAGAAAGGAAAUGGGGAUAUACUGAAGGAUCUUAUGAAAACUGCAGGCACCGCCAAGGUGAGGGAGGCCCUUGGAGAUUACCUGAAGGCACUUAAGACCGAUAAAGGAGAGUUUACAAUGGGAAUGAUUUUACCAACGAAAGCUAUGGCAACCCAGGAAUUGACUAUUAAAAGGAAACUGAGUGAGAAUACCUUGCAGGUGUGAUCUCUAGGGCCGCUGGGUGUCCGGAUUCCCACUGUGGCGCUGCACAUGACAGAAAUGUUUGACGAGGCUGUAGAGCAGCUGUACAGCAUCUUCACCGUAGGAGAGUUGGUGCAAAAAUUUUCUAAAUCACCUGCCAUAUUAGAAGCUGAAAAGGGAGGGAAGUUCCAAAUGUUUGACGGGAAUGUCACCGGUGAAUAUAUAGAAUUGUUAACAAAUGAAAAGAUCAUCAUGAAAUGGAAAUGCAGGAACUGGCCAGAAGAACACUAUGCAACAGUUGUACUGAAUUUUGUGCCUACUCCAGGGUUCAUGGAAUUACAGUUGGACUGUAAAGGAGUUCCUGUCCAUAAAGAGGAGAACAUGAAAUUCUGUUGGCAGAAGCAGCAUUUUGAAGAAAUAAAAGAUUUAUUGCAGCUGACCACCCUAAAUGGAUGAAUUUUAGGUUUUCUAAGGGCAUCACUUUGUAAGCAGAGAAAGUUACUUCUUUCCUAUAAUUCCUUUUAAAAAAGAAAACAAAACUCUUUAUAUUGAAAUCCAUGAAUUUUUACACAAUUUGAAACAUUAAAGCAUUGUUUCAAUCUUUACUAUGAGUAAGUUAGAAGCAGCAAGCAACCUGAAGUAUUUAACCUUAUUUCCCAUAGAUGCUCCUCUGGGAAUAGAUUGAAUCCCUUAGUACAGAUAGUUGAAGUUUCCCAACUUAAAGCUCGUCCUUGUAGCAAGCUUACUUUCAGCUGUAGUUUUAGUUCAGGAAGACAAGAGUAAGUGGCAUGUUGGUAUCAUUCCUUUAUU